AUGCGUGCACGUUGUAGUGAUAACAGCUGAAUCAAGCUGAUAAUAUUUUUACAGGUUGAGCAUGGCGCAAUUUUCUGCUGAAUUGAAUAAUUUCAAUUGCUUUUAUGAAAUCAUCAUUCAUCAUGUUUAUAUUCAAGUAUAUUCGUAAAAGAAGUCAAUUAUUGAUGAUCUCCUAUCGUUCAUUCAGCGUGAAUAUACCUGAAUCGAAGUACGUAUCUCUCCAAAGUAAACCUACUGCAAGUGAAAAACGUGCCAAUGAAAUAUACGAAUAUUUGAAGAAUAAUGAUGCUUCCCAUUUAUUCAAAAAGAUCCCCACAAAUUUCUUUCAACAAAAAGUAAGCAGCAAGCACAUCCUCAUCAAUCCUUUUGUUGCAAAUAAAAUAUGUCGUGCACUGAAAUUGUACCUAAAUGGAGCUUAUGUGCUAGAAUCAGAUCCAGGUUUCGGUCUAUUAUCGAAGGAAUUAAUUCAUAAUGUUUCAUAUUUGAGAUUAUACGAAGAGGAUACCAUUUUACGUUCAGAUUUAAGAAAUUUGCAAGACAAGCAUCCUUCUAAAAUUGAAAUCUUGGAUAGCAGCUUACAAUGGAUUAGUAAAUUGGACGAAGAAGGUGAUCCUAAAAAUAAAAAUCGUAAAGCUUUACUAUUCGGUGACAUUCCUGAAGAUGUCAGAGUAAAUGUGAUAAUGACAGCACCUUAUAAGAGAUUAAUUGUAGCGUGGAUUCAACACAUAUUGAAUAAACGUUAUUUUUCGAAAUUCAGUCAACUAGAUUUCUAUCUUAUUAUACCUCCUAGUGUUUAUACGCGUUUAAUAGCUUCGCCUCAAAAUGACUACAGUCCUCGUUACCAGAAGUUCUCUGUGUUAGCUCAACUCCUAUUUGAUAUAGAAUUACUUAUAAAUGAUAUCCCUAGAAGAGCUUUUUUACCUUGGCCUAGAAAACCAGCAAAGAAAUCAAAGCCACGUGAUAUUGAGAAAUACGAAAACGAUCACGAAGUCAUGUAUUUCGUUAGAAUGUCCUUAAAAGCGAAAAAUCUAACGCAUUUAUUAGAUGAAAACAUGUAUCAAUGUUUUUUUUCCUUUCUAAGUCAAAAUAUGCUCGGAAAAAAACGAAUAGUGCCAUAUUUCGAAACCAUUAUCCCAGGAAGUGGAGUCAGAGUCGUAAUGAUGGGUUACAAUAUUUAUUCGACGUUUAACGAAUUGAGUGCUAGCGAAUUAUUCGAUUUAUUCAUAAAAUUCACCGAAUGGCCUGAAUUUCCUCAAUCAGCUUUUUAUUCGUUUUGGAAAAAUAAAAGUGACGAAAGUGAAACAUCUGAGAAAAUUGCGGUUCAUGACUUGCCAAGUGGUCAUGAUGAAGAAGAGGAAGAUGAAUAUGAAGACGAUGAUGAUGGCGCAUUUCUACCUGGCAAUAACGUUAAAUGAAAUAUGAGAUUUCAAAUUUCUGUAAAAAAAAAGACUGAUCAAAAAGUACCUGUAUUAUUCAAAAAAUUGAUUCUACUGGGUACAGAAUAGUUUCGUUCAUGAUUUCAAUAUUGUGAAGAUUCUUGAUUGGAAGAUGAAUAUCAGUGAUGAACUUUCGUAAAAUAGAAAAUGCUGAAUUGAAAUUUAUCAUCAUGUUCGACCAAAUGAUCAGACGUCUGGUUUUCACUUGUGUUCAUUUAUAGUUCAUUUAUAUGAUUGAUUGUAUCUGUCGCCAAUUUAUCGAUUACUUUUUCCAAUUGUUGUGCGAAUUGUUCUGAUACUUUUUUCAGCUCUUUCUCCAGAUGAAUUGUUAAAUACCUUGCCGCGCUUAUUUUGCUGGAUUGUUGAUCUUCGUUUACUGAUUUCAUGAAGUGAUUGAGCUCUUCUGGAGUCAGACGUUGUUGUACUUUAUCCGCGAAAAUGUUACCGUAAAUGUAUUCUACGUCCAUUAAAUUUGGCGUUUGUGAGUUCGAA